AUGUCUUCCGCAGAAAUCAUAUCGCCUCAGAAAUACGGUCAUCCACCACCGAUCCUUCUAACACUUACCAUCCUCCCCAUAUCGCUCUGCCUAAUCGUCAACCCCUUACUCCCACUGAUCCUUCACUCUAUACCCUCUUCCAAAUAUUCUCUUGCCAAUCCUGAUGGUCAACCGAGCUUUCCGGCCUUACAAGCUAGUUUAGGUUUCGCGUUACUGGCAUUCGUAGGAGUCGUAUGGCUCGUACCGAAAGUAUCAGAGGCGUUCAUACAGAAGGGUCUAAAGGGGAGGGAUCUAUUGAAGAAAGGUGGUAGAAUCAGUGGACCAUGGAUACCAGAAUCACUCGGAUUACCAUGUGCGAGUUGGUACCUAGCUUUAAUGAUGUUAUUCAUCCCAUUCCCUUUCUCUCACUUGUUUAAGAGUCAAUCGCCCUCAGGUCCAGAAUCGUUCCCACAGAGAGAGCUCACGUUAUAUCUCUCCUCCCUCUUAUCACUCCUCACGGCGACUUUACUAGGAUUCAUCGAUGAUCUGUUCGAUAUUCGAUGGAGACACAAAUUACCAAUACCCAUCGUAGCUGCUGUACCUACUCUGCUGGUCUAUUACUCUGUAGGAGGAGUGACGAGUGUGGUAUUGCCUAAAGGGUUUAGUGGAUGGUUAGAUACCCUUGGCUUGGGAAGGUGGUUAGAGGGGAAUGUCGCUGACCUCGGCCCGAUAUAUUACCUAUACCUAAUCCUCCUUCCUACAUUCACCACCAACUCCAUCAACAUCCUAGCUGGAAUCAACGGUGUUGAGGUCCUCCAAGCGCUCAUCAUAGCCUUAUCAGUCUUAAUUAACGACUUACUAUUCUUACCUAUCUGGUCACCUGCCUUGUUGGAUUUACUGGGAUUUGAAAAUCCCCAAAAUGGGAGAGUGUUGGAUUGGGCGAUAGGCGAGGUAGUAGAUAGACAUUUGAUGAGUUGUUAUUUCAUGUUACCUCUGAUAGGGGUAUCUACAGGUUUUUUAUGGCAUAAUUGGUUCCCCGCCAAAGCUUUUCCAGGAGAUACAUUCUGUUAUUUCACAGGAAUGGCUUUUUCAGCAGUAGCCAUCCAAGGUCAUUUCUCGAAAACCCUGAUUUUAUUCUUCUUACCUCAGAUAUUCAACUUUAUACUGAGUUGUCCUCAAUUGUUUGGUUUGGUAGAAUGUCCGAGACACAGAUUACCUUUCUACGACGAAAAGACCAAUCUCCUUAAUCCUUCUCUUGUUGUCUUCGAGUCUCCACCUCCUUUGAAGACUACAAUCGUAUUGGAAAUACUCUCUUUCCUCAGACUGGUCAAAUUGGAAUACCACCAACCUCCCAACCCCAAGAACUCGACCGAAAAGAGAUAUAUCAAAUCAUCGACUAAUCUGACCAUCAUCAAUUUCCUCUUGGUUCAUUUCGGUCCAAUGAAGGAAGACAGAUUAUGUAUGUUGGUUGGUUUCGUUCAGGUUGUAGGGAGUUGUAUAGCUUUUGCGAUUAGGUACAAAGUGGGAAGUUGGUUUUAUGGUGGUGAUAGAAGGUGA